CAUCUUGGUGCCCAUAUGAACCAAUGGCAUCAUGCCCGCAGUGGCUGGGGUCGGGGACGCGACUUUUGCGGACGUCCCCCGCCCAAGAGGAAGGGCGGAAACCACAUCCCGGAGAGGUAAUGUGCUUUGGCUCUUGGGCGUAGGCUCGUCUCUCGCUGUCCCUUCCUCAUUGUCGCCUCCUGCUUAGGGACCUUGACUUGCUGCAACGCCCGCGGUAGUUGGAAGGGAUGGUGGCUGAAGUUCCGUGAUUCCUCUCCACCUUUUAAAGUUAGGCUCUGUGCGUGGCUCCCUGGGUAAAAUAAGGAAAGGACUGCUUCCAGGCGGGACUACUCGUGUUGGGGACACUCCUUAAUUAGCAAAAGGGACCCUCCGCGCAGUUCCUGAAGUUUUGUUAUUUUGACACAGAAAACGGGAGUAAUAAGAUCUAAGUUGGAAAGAACCCCCAGUACUGGCCUGAGGGCUUCGAUGGAAAGUUGAUUUGCAUUUUUUGCGGGAGUCGGAGAGGGCAAAGUGGGCUACGCACCAGGUGUCAUUUGAGAGAACUUCCUGUCUGCGUUCAAAUGGUGGAAAGACUAUCUCCCAGUUGGACAACGGAUGCCUGGGACUCGUUUUAUUGCUUUCAAAGUUCCUUUGCAAAAGAAGUUUGAAGUGAAUCUUGCUCCAGAAGAACGCUUUUCCCCUUUGGAUCUUUUUAACAAAAUCCAAGAACAAAAUGAAGAGAUUGGACUGAUUAUUGAUUUAACAUAUACUCAGCGCUAUUAUAAACCAGAGGAAUUACCAGAAACUGUUUCUUACUUAAAAAUUUUUACAGUUGGGCAUCAGAUACCUCAUGAUGAUACUAUUUUUAAAUUCAAAUGUGCUGUUAAUGGAUUUUUGAAAGAAAAUAAAGACAAUGACAAACUUAUUGGUGUUCACUGUACUCAUGGUUUAAAUAGAACUGGCUACCUCAUCUGCAGAUAUUUGAUUGAUGUAGAAGGCAUGAGGCCAGAUGAUGCAAUUGAAUUAUUCAAUAGGUGCCGAGGACAUUGCAUAGAAAGACAAAACUACAUUGAAGACCUUCACAAUGGACCUAUCAGAAAGAAAUUGAAUUCUGCUGCAUCUAGGUCAGGUGGUUUGGAAGACUCAGCACAUCUCAUGGAACCAGUCCACCCCACUAACAAGUCUGUGAACCAAGGACCUAAGUAUAACCUAUACCGAACCUGUGGUUAUCCAACACCUUCUCAGCGUUUUCACACCCAGACCCAGAGCUUGCAGCAGCCAUUCAGAAAAUUUUCACAGAAUCAGAAUGCUUAUCAGAAAAGCCGUAUUCCUCCUCCCGGCCCCACUGGAGAGGACUAUUCACAAAAAAGAUACAUUUGGAAUGUGAAGCCAAAUGGCAGUCAAGCAGCCCAGAAUAAGAAGUGGUUUGCUGCCGGUUACCAGAGACUAUCCUACCCAACCUAUUGGGGAUGGACCGAGUGAGACAAACCUGUCCUGGUACUACUCUACCUGGAGAUGAGAGCUCAGUGAGGAUGGCUAGAGUGACUUUUAAUAAAAUCAGGUCAAAUGAGUCUUCGUCCCCCCUCCCCCCCACUUUUUAGAAUCAAUUUUAUUGCUUCUUUGUAUGUGUUCAGACUUAAAAGAAUUACAUCAAUAUUUACCUCUUUGCUGACAGAGGCACAGUAAUUACAGCAAUUCAAAAUAAAACUGUCAUUCCAGUCUUAAAUUUUUCUAAAGAGAAGAUAUUUUAAGAACUGAGAAACUAUUAAAGAA